CAAACAACAAAGAAAGAAAACAAACAGAGAAAAAAAAUCAUCAACUCCAAAGAAAAGAAAGAAAAAAGAAAGGAGAGAAACUCACAAUGGCAGAUCAACUCACCGAUGAACAGAUCUCUGAAUUCAAGGAAGCCUUCAGCUUGUUCGAUAAGGACGGCGAUGGUUGCAUCACGACCAAGGAGCUUGGAACUGUCAUGCGGUCACUAGGACAGAACCCAACCGAGGCAGAGCUCCAAGACAUGAUCAAUGAAGUAGAUGCCGAUGGCAACGGCACCAUUGACUUCCCUGAGUUUCUAAACCUUAUGGCCAGGAAGAUGAAGGACACUGAUUCUGAGGAGGAGCUGAAGGAGGCAUUCCGCGUCUUUGACAAGGAUCAAAACGGGUUCAUUUCUGCUGCUGAGCUCCGCCACGUGAUGACCAACCUUGGUGAGAAGCUCACUGAUGAAGAAGUCGAUGAGAUGAUCCGCGAGGCUGAUGUUGAUGGUGACGGCCAAAUAAACUAUGAAGAGUUUGUUAAGGUGAUGAUGGCUAAGUAAUCACAAACUCUUCCACCACAAACUGAAUGAAAUAUGGUUAUUUAAAAAGAAAAAAAGAAAAGGCAAAAAGAAAGAUUUAGGACAAGGUUGACUUGUAUAACAGUACACCAAAUCCUAGGCUCCUAGCUCAAUGUCUUGUUUCUUCAUUUUUAUUUGGUUGGUUCUGAGUUCAGCAAUUUAUGACAUUUUUGUGGUAAAUGUGCUGCUAAUGGUUGUGAUGGAAUUGAUGUAUUUGUAGUUUGUUAUGUGACUGUAUCCCACGUUUUAAUGUUUAUUUUCAAGUCGCUUUAGACCA